UGGGGGAAAUCCUCGUCAGAAGAGGGCUGGGUGCGGUAUAUAAGCCGCCAAGGAUGCCCGAAGCACGUAUUAGACGCAGGACUUGUGAAAAUGGCGAGGCUUGUAGCUGUUGUGGCGAUUCUUGCCAGCGUUGGACAUUCACAAGGAACGAGCGUCUCGCUGCAGUCGAUCUUCAGGAAAGCCACGAGCGGCGUGGCUCCUCCGGAGUUGGAUACUGCCGACCUCACGAGGAACUUCACGGCGGAGGCCGUGCUGGCGUACAUGAAGGAGCUGCAGUCGCGCCUUGACUUCAACGAGUACAACUCCGUCAAGGCCACGUCCCAGCCCACAACCAACCUUUUCAAGGGCGUCCAACACAUAGCCCAGAACCUGGACGACUCUGCCUCGGCGACGGUGUUUGACGACAUACUGAAGGGCUAUGCAACUAUCUAUAGACGUCUUGCAGCUCUUGUCAAGGGCGGUGAGGACUCUGGCAUGGCGCCCAUCACACAGCAGACGGCGCCUACAAAUGAGUCGGCUUGGAAAACACUCUGGACGCCAGAAGACGCCUACAUCAGGAUGCCAGAAAUCGUCACAGCCGAGUUGCACCGACUGCGCGACUGGAUCGUCGCCUUCGUCGAUGUCGGCAUCGAGGCGGCCAUUAGAGAGCUCCCUGCCAUGCUCAGCGAGUACCGGAAGGAGAUUUUGUACCCCGAGGUGAAAUCCGCCCAGCACACGGCCUCGACGUUGGAAGAGCGUUAUGGGGAGGCUCUGAAGAGUUACUCCAGUCCCGGUGUGUGGUCUGACUACGAAGAAGCACGCAAAAUCCUCUCAGCCAUUCACCUAAUGUCGCGGAGAUAAGGCUACUUGUACUUAUACCAGAAAUAACAAUAAAGUAAUUUAAUAAAG